AUGGCUACCACCACGCCUUCGCAUGGUACCAAUAGCCCUGAGACAACGAACGCACAUGCAUCUGAGGAGCAGAAAUACAUGUCAAAGGUUGGCUGGAAGGUUCUGUUUAGCUUCAUCACAACACGCCAUGUGCCAGUAGUACUAUGUGGCCUUCUAUCAACGACCGUCGCCGCACUUACAAUGCCCGCCUUCGCGGUUCUCUAUGGGCUUGUCUUUGGGCAGUACACCAUGUAUGGCGCUGGCUCAACUGACAGCCAUACGCUCAUGGUUAACAUGACGAGGUACUGUAUAAUACUUGCAGGGAUCUGCACACUCAACUGGAUCGCGAACAGUUUUCAAUAUUCUUGCUUCCUUACAUUCAGUGAGCUACAGGGGCGGAGUGCCCGUAAUCGGACAUUUGAAGCUCUUAUCAAGAAAGAUAUGGCGUGGUUUGACACGCGCGAAACUGGCACUGCUGCAUUUCUGUCAACAGUGCAAGCGCACAUUCGUGGCUUGAAGCUCUCGGUAUCAUCGCCAUUAGGCGAAUUCUGUCAAGCAGUCAUUCAGAGCCUUGCAGCUCUGGGAGUCGCUUUCUACUUUUCUUGGAAGCUAGCACUGGUUGUGAUGAGCAGUAUCCCAUUCCUGUAUUUGUUUCUGACACUGGUUGCGAACCGACAAUUGCUUCGAACACGCGAACAGUCCGAAAUGCUCCAGGCUGCGUUGAAGAAUAUGACAACAGCGAUAUCCAAUAUUGAGGCAGUAAAGAGUCUUAACGGUGAACAGUACGAGCUCCACAUAUUCGAGAAGACUGCCGGUCUUGCAGCACGUCUCUAUAGACGGGUAGCGAAUUUCCGAUCAAUGCAAAUUGGAAUCAUGCAGUUCUUUACCAUCAGUAUAUUCGUCCAAGGCUUUUGGUACGGUAAAUACCUAGUUGGUAAUGGAGAUGGUGAAGCCUCAGACAUCCUGACCACCUUCUGGUCAGUCCUGAUGGCAACGUCCUCGUUGGCGUCAGUGAUGCCUCAAUGGGUAGUCUUGACCAAGGGCCGGGAGGCAGGUGCCAAUCUGGCUAUGCUUAUGGAACAUAAUCCCACAUCUGACCAACAGCUGGAAUCGCGAGGUCAUAUCAAACCUGCUCAGUGUCUUGGCACUAUUGAAUUCAGCAAGGUCGAUUUUUCUUACCCUUCUCGCACAGAAGAGUCAGCAAUCCGUGAUGUCUCCCUGUUCAUACCAGCAGGGGAAACGACUUUCGUCAUCGGAAAGAGCGGCUCUGGCAAAAGCACCCUAGGUCAACUUUUGGUCCGCUUUUAUCACCCCUCCUCUGGCCGGAUACUUCUUGAUGGCGUUCCACUUGAGAAUUUAGAUGUGCAAUGGCUGCGAAAAAAUAUUACCCUUGUGGAGCAGCAUAGUGUGCUAUUCAACGACACUAUUUAUGACAACAUUGCGUUGGGGAAAACAGGUGAGACACUACAUAUGCAAGACAUCCUCGACGCUAUCAGAUUCGCAAAGAUGGACUUGGUCGUAAAAGGUCUCCCCGACCAACUAAAUACUCAACUCGGUUUAAAGGGUGAUGCCAUGAGUGGUGGCCAGAGGCAAAGACUGGCAUUAGCACGAGCAAAGGUCAGGGAUUCGCCUGUCCUGAUCUUGGAUGAGUCUACCAGCGGGCUUGACUAUGCUACAAGAGUGGGGAUAUACGAAGCAAUACGAGAAUGGCGCAUGGGAAAGACGACAAUCAUUUUUACCCAUGACAUCUCGCAGAUUUGGUCUGAUGACUUUCUUUACCUGUUGGGAGAUGGUCGAGUGGUACAAGAGGGAUACAGGAAGGACCUUGAAGCUCAAGGAGGAUUAUUUCAAACCUUCAUUGCGUCAUAUGAAGGGGAAGAGGAACAUCGUUUCAGGGAUGCCGAUGACAAUGGAUACACAGAAGAUGAUACUAAAACGAAUAGGUCACCAAGAUAUGACACACUAUCAACUCAUCACAAAGGUUUGCCAGAUGCAAAGUCUUUCUUGACAAAAGAAGUCGACUUAGGAUUGGGAGAUAAUGCGCCAGACAAACCUCCCACCUCAACAGAAUCACUUUCCCUAGAAGAAAUUCUCGCGUCAGUCUGGCCCGCAAUAAAUUGGCGCUCCCGCAUACUUAUCUUUGGUGCUCUCAUAUGUAUCAUCAUCCACUCAGCCUGUACUCCAGUCUUUGCCUGGGUCUUCGCACGACUUCUCGGUACAUUUCAAGACUCUGCUUCUCAAAACCAUAACAAAGCACAUAACUACGCCCUCGUAAUCCUUGGUAUCGCUACUGCCGACGGCCUCUCCAAAUACUUCAUGUUCUUCCUCUCAGACGCGGUAGCACAAGCCUGGAGCUUAUCACUCAAAAGAGAAGCUCUGCGUCGGAUCUUGCUACAACCGCGCGAAUUCUUUGACAAGGAAGAGAACAGCACAUCUCGCCUGACCGAAACACUCGACCACUUUGCCGAGGAGGCGAGGAAUCUGCCCGGAAGGUUCGCCUGCAUAUUCCUUGCCAUGAUACUCAUGGUAGCAAUCUCCAUCUCAUGGAGUAUGGCGAUUUCAUGGAAACUAGCACUUGUAGCGCUUGCGAUGGGCCCUAUCCUUUUUACAAUCACGAAUUGUAACAACAUGAUCAGCAAUCAUUGGGAGAAGCUAUCUAGCGAGGCCGAAGACAAAGUAGGAGAGAUACUGCAUGAGACGUUUGUGAAUAUCAGGACAGUCCGAUGUCUGGGACUAGAAAGCCAUUUUCGGAAGAAGUAUCGCCAUGCGACGACUGAGGCAGUCAAGCUAGGUAUGAAGCGUGCCCUCUACUCUGGUUCUAUCUUUGGCCUGGCAUUUACAGGCGUCAUAUUUGUGGCUAUCUUACUAUACUGGUAUGGCGCACUGCUCAUGUCGAGGAACGAGUAUACUGCGAACAAAGUCAUGGAAUGCUUCUUGAUACUCAUGCUGAGCGUCAAUUACAUCAGUUCACUGGCCCAAUACAUAACUCAGAUUAACAUCUCAAGAGACGCCAGUACACGACUACUCCGCCUCGCACGACUUCCUACCGACUCCCAUGAAGCAGCAGGAAACCUACCAAUCCAAUCCAUAACCGACAUCAGCUUCAAAAACGUAAACUUCACAUACCCAUCCCGUAAAGACUCCCGCAUCCUCCACAACCUCACCUUCUCCAUCCCCCACGGAUCCUGCACCGCCAUCGUCGGAUCCUCCGGCUCAGGAAAAUCCACAAUCGCCUCCCUCCUCCUCAAACUCUACCUACCCGACACCGACCCCACAGCCCCCACAAACGGCCUCUGGCUCUCUUCCCAAAACAUCUCCACCGUAUCCACCCUGUCUCUCCGCUCCCGCAUAGCCCUCGUCCCCCAAUCCCUCACCCUUUUCCCGGGUACAAUCGCCCAAAACAUCACAUACGGCUUGUCCCCCUCCGCCCCGGAAACAAGCCCAGCAUCCAUCCGCGCCGCAGCCCACGCAGCAGGCCUCGCCGACUUCAUAGAUGGUCUGGCAAACGGCUACAACACCCUCGUAGGUGCCGGCGGCACCACGCUCUCUGGCGGCCAAACCCAGCGUCUCGCCAUUGCACGCGCCCUCGUGCGCAACCCCGACGUCUUGAUUCUCGACGAGGCAACCAGCGCGCUGGACGUUUCGUCCAUGAACGUCAUUCGCGAGACGGUGAUGCGGCUUGUGGGGCGGAAACGUCGGAAGCGUAUGACGGUUGUUGUGAUUACGCAUGCGAGGGAGAUGAUGGCGGUUGCGGAUCAUGUUGUUGUGAUGGAGCAGGGGAGGGUGGUUGAGCAAGGGAGUUUCUAUGAGUUGAAGCGGAAGAGGGGGUCGGCUCUUGGGAGGGCGUUGAGAGGGGACGACCAACGGCCUAGACAUGCAUGA